AUGUCAGAGAAGCCAAAGAUGCCGGCUUCCGAAGAGUUCAAGGGCGUCGUCGAUGUCGGAAUCGGCGAGGCUGAACUGAAAUCGUCUCCUGAUGCCCAUCUCCAGCGGAAACUGGGUGGUAAAGAAGUUCAACUCUUUGCGAUUGGAGGGGCCAUAGGAACAAGUGUCUUUGUGACGAUGGGAUCUUAUCUCCCCCACGGUGGUCCCGCAGGCCUCUUCCUGGGUUACACUCUCUGGUGUAUGAAUGUGUGGUGCGUGAAUGAGUGUUUUGCCGAGAUGGUCGUGUACGCACCGGUCCCGAGUGGCUUCAUCCGUUUCACCUCCGUCUGGGUCGACGAGGCACUGGCUUUCUCACAGUCGUGGGCUUUCUUCCUGUGUCAGGCUCUCCUCAUCCCUGCAGAGAUCACGGCCCUACACGUCGUCAUCACAUUCUGGACGGAUGAACUGCCCGUCGAGGCCACGGUGGUCAUUGUGAUUGCCAUCUACGGGGCUCUCAAUCUUUUCAGUACCGAACUGUUUGGCAAAGCUGAAUUCUACAUGAGCAUUGGCAAGAUUUUUUUGAUUUUCUUGUGCUUCGGCUUCACCUUUUUCACAAUGGUCGGUUGUAAUCCUUUAAGAGAUGCGUACGGGUUUAGAUACUGGAACAACCCUGGUGCUUUUGCGGAGUACCUCACGACCGGAUCUCUCGGCCACUUCUGGGGCCUGCUGAGCUGCAUGACCUUUGCCAGCUUCGCCGUCUGCGGACCAGAGUACAUCAGUAGCGUGGCGGGAGAGACGAAAUCGCCACGUCGCGUUCUACCAAGCUGCUUCACCAGUUUCAAGUGGCGCCUCCUCUUCUUCUUCGUCGGCUCAGCCCUUUGCAUCGGUAUCGUCAUCCCCUACGACGACCCGACCCUCGCGGCGUACCUCAGUGGCGAAGUGGCUGGCGGUGGCACGAGUGCCGCCGUGCCUUACACCAUCGCGAUGCGCCGGAUGGGCAUCAAGGGUCUUCCUCAUCUGAUCAACGCCAUCCUCCUGACUUCCAUAUUGAGUUGCGGCAACGGAGUCUUCUUCGCUGCUUCGCGAGCACUUUUCGUCAUGGGAGAGACUGGCCGGGCACCCAAACUCUUCACGAAGACGACGAAAAGAGGCGUGCCAAUCUACGCGGUGAUUGCGUGUCUCCUCAUCGCCUUCUUGGCCAUGAUGGGUGCGGACAGCGGAGCGAAUGAAGUCCUCCACUACUUCAUCGACCUCUGCACCAUUUGUGGUCAGUUCAACUACAUGUGCGUCUGUGUGACAUAUGUCCACUUCUACUACGGUAUGAAGCGGCAAGGGGUCUCUCGCGACACGCUCCCGUACAAGGCACGAUUCCAGCCGUACGGCGCGUGCAUCGGCGCCACGGCGGCCGUGGUGAUGAUGUUCCUGCUCGGGUUCGACAUCAUCAGCCCCUUCUCCAUCAAGUGGUUCUUCUUGGACUACACGCUGCUGGCGGUCUUUCCCAUUGCGGCCGUGGUAUGGAAACUCGUCAAAAAGACAAAAUACGCAGGUUUUGGCAAGGCAGACUUGGGAUUGAACGGUUUGGUCAAGGAAGUGGAUGAUUAUGAAGACAUGGUCCAGCCGGAGCCAGAAGGCUGGUUCGAGAAAUUCUUCAGUGGCGUCUGGACAUGGCAGGAAGUGGGAGACGCCGUGCGGCGUAAGAAGACACAUACUUGAAACAGCA